AUGUGGCCCUUAUGGCUAAUCAUAGUGAUUGCGGUGGUGGGCGCGGCAAUUCUCACCUGUACAGGGAUCUUGCUUGCAAUCACGCUGGAGCGACGCCGACAUCGCCACAUCAUGAGAGCCCACGGAUUGACCAGAGGUCUCAGCAAAUAUCAUCGUCCAAAGCUCAGUGCCUCCGAGCACAACUACUCUCACGUUACACAUCCGACGACAGCUUUGAGGCGAAGCGUGCAGCUCCCUUUCGGAAUCAUAUCUAUCGCGGGCGACAGUGCUAGCGAAGAUGAACAGACGCGACUAGACGCGACGACCGGUCAUGUCGACGACUUUGUCGAAGUUCUGCGCCCUCGAGGCAAAAGAAGCAUCCGACGGCCUUUUACUGGUCAGCCGCUCUAUAUUCCAAAGACGCGAAAACAGGGAAAGCUAAGGAAGGCUGUACCGUUGGAUCACAUCCAAAAAUCCCCUCUCUCGGCUAUCACCGAGUUCAGUGAUCCCUCGACAGGCGUGUCACCAAUGGUGCCCGAAUUUCCAUCAGAACCAACGGAAAUUACCACAAACGAUAAGAGUGAGGCUGAAUCAGAAUUUGAUAACUCCGCUGAAUGGCCUUUGAGCGCUGCAAGCACGAGAGCCUCCGAUAUCAUCCCCACAGAAAUCACGUCGAUAGCAGUACGAGACAGCGUUCUCAUGAGGAAAAGGGCAGCAAAAUACAGUCAGACGGCUGCUGUUCCUCGCUCAGCAAGUGCAGCCAGUAUGGCUUCUUUGCCACCCGACGAACCCUUGCCACCUUUGCCGACAAUUCAGGUCCCAAGGAAUCUCAAGGCAAGAGUCUCAGAUGCCAGUUUGGACACAGUUGGUAGCUCAGUCUUGGGGGCCUUUAUGAGUUCGCCUGCGAAUAAUAAUAUCGAGCGCAACACUUCAAAACUCGAUUCGAACCAACAUACUCCUACGAUGAGGCUGGGAUACGAGCGUAAGUUCUCGACUCCUACACUCCAAGCGCCGCCUGUGAAACAGACCAUACAUGGUCUUUGUGCUGGCCAGCCCAGCAUUCGAUCCCUUCAUCCGACCGUCGACACAGACAACCUAAGCCCGGGCAGUACCAAUAUCCCGUCAAAUCCCACACCAUACCCAACAAUCAUUGUUCAAGAGGAAUCUUUCAAGGUCAUCGAUGCGAGUGGCUGGGAUCUACCGCCACUCAAAGUUGCCAAAACAAGGCUUCCGUCGGACAAGCCUAGUCGACAUUCGAUGAUAGAACAGUCGAGAGUCGCCCAAUGCCGAGCGAUCAGUGACUCCGCCACAAGCCUGCUCGCUGAUGAGGAUGUAUUUUCUGUGCUGGAGGGUCCCAAAAGACCCAAUUCGGUGGCGACCGGCAAUCCUUUGAAGUGGGAUCGACAAGGUAGCUUUGCAACGAAACGGCACUCUUUGUCUUCUUUAGAUGGAGCAAAGCGAGGUCACAAACGGCAGAAUUGCGUCCGCAUAACUAAUCUGCCCUAUCUGGAUUUGAGAUCAAAUGGCACCAUGCGUUUGCCUGAGCUCAAAGAGGAGCAGCAACAGCUAGCUCACGUCAAUAGGAUCGAGGCAGAUGGAUCGUUUCAUGGCUUCGACAUCAGACAAUCUCGACCAAUAUUCCAGACUGAGCAAUCGGAUGCAUGCACCAGACCAACCACGACUCCUAUACCGUCUCCCUUUCGAAACCCACCCAUACUGACGCCGACACCUCGCCCCGCGAGAAGGCAGUACAUACAACGCCCCGACAGUGCUCUUUCAGGCACACCCAGACCAGAUUCCGAGGUCUUCAACUCCAGCCACAUGGCUAUGCACGUAUCAAACCGUCACCACACGUCACCUCAUGAUUGGCCACUUUCGCCGUGCUCGCGACCCACCGCUCCUUUGAGGAAUACGCCACCAUCUUGCCGACAGCAUGAACGAGUUCCAUUUGAAUCUCCCACCUUGCCCUCGCCCGCGUUGAAAUCAGCCUCUCUUUAUCCUCGCAAGUCUCUUGUCAAAGGGCCACGCGACCCUCGAAAUUCGACUCCGGGAAACCAUGCGGCCUCUGCGAGUCCUCUACAGAACAAGAUUGGACCACACGACCGGAUUACUCAGGCUCGUGACUUGAGCGAGUCGGGGGAUUUUGCGCUUCGGAAAUCAGUUAUGAUGCUACGGAGCAUGGACUCUGAGGGUCGUCUGCUCGAGCAGCGGAGUACCAAAUCGUCCAACUUUGGCGUAGCCGGAUAUGAAAGUCCUGAAAGUGUCGCGAUUCCUUCUCCGCUGAUGAAUAAACGUGUCAUGGGUCUCCGAAGUACGAGCUGUACAUCACCCAUUGCAAGCACACCUCGAUCUACAUCAUUGGAUAGACAGCAAGUCAAUCGCGGCUCCAGUCCGUUGGCUCCGUCGGGCUCGAACUUGAACAGACCUCCCCAAACAAGGGUGGCAGUACGCACCUCAUUGCAUAGCGACUUCGACCUGACACCACCACUCAUUUCCGUGUCGCCAUCCGUGAUGUCGAUUGGCGGUGGUUCAAUCUGGGAGGAUGUCAGUGUGCGCGGUGAGAGCCCCGAGCCCGAGGUUCAUGUGGCUCCGCUGGCCUUGCGGACCAAGACGGAUUACAACCAGCAACGGCAUCCAUCGGCCCCGACACUACAAAUUCGGCGUGAUGAGGAUUUCUUCAGUGCCCGGCGCAACGGACAGUACCUCGUCCCACAUGCACCUUUUGUGAGAUCUGAUGCUGAGAACUCGCAUUUGGUCCAACGACUCGAACGGGCUGUGAGCAGCGGUCAAUGGAACCACAAGGAUAGUUUCGUUCCCGAUGAUAACCCGUAUCUGAACAUAGCUCCAGUCCAGUACGAUGUAUCGGGUCAGCGAGGAACUGGUGUUUUUCAACCUCCAAAUCGCCCCAGACAGGAGAUCGGGCUGGGCUUACAGCUCGGGGACUCGAUGGACAAGGAGAGAGGAAAAAGUUAUACCGUCACGUGGAACCGCGUCGUUAGCGCGACCCUGUGCGGCGCGAAAAGUCGCGUCGUCCAUCUUCCCUGCGCACAUGCGACCUCAACCAAUCCUUCACCUCUCCACGUCGAUUAUGCGCCGAGGAAAAAGGCUUCAAUGCCCUUCAAGUUCAAAUACCUCGUACAACUCCUCGAAGAACUCGAUACAGCCCAGAAACAAGCACAAUCGUCCUCGACGCGCCCUUCGCGGCCUUUGCAUGAACUCAUCAUCCAAUGGUUCAGGAGCCACGACUCCGAAAUCGUCCGACAUGGACCCUCCGCCGUGGCAUUCCUGUCUUGCCUGCUGUUGGAGCGAGUGCCACACCUCGUCUACGGCCUGCAGCCCAAAUCCCUAGCUCGCGUUUUAUCCAAGGCUCUGUUCAUUGAGAACACAUCCCGUGGUCGGCAGCUACUUGCGUGGGAGGCUACAGGUUUUGAUUUUGCUACCUGUCUUGAGAAAUGUGUCAUGGGCCUGGCCGAGAAUGAUCCACCGCCUGUCGACAGAGAGGUAACGCUGGAGGAGGUCGAUGCUGUUUUGUGCCAGCUUGCUGCCAAUUCCAGAUUUGCUUCGCCCGAGAUGAGGACGCGUAGAGAUGGCGCUAGGUCUGAAACCCUUCUGCGAUCUAUUCUAUCGCGGCUCCAUAGCAAAGAGGCCAAGUGGUUUGUGAGAAUGAUUCAGAAGUCCUAUGACCCCAUCCAGAUUCCUGAACACUUGGUCCUGGGGUGCUUCCACUUCUUGCUGCCUGAUAUUCUCCCAUUCCAGAACUCUCUCGUCGAGGCGAUCAAAGUCCUAGAGCAGCCCGAAUUGGUCUCCAUCCCUCAUGACCCACCCCGUGCUCUGCAACGAAGGUAUCGACAAGAAUGCGCCCGACACUUGACCCCCAAACUUGGUGUCAUGAUCAAGCGCCAAGAGUAUGAAAAGGCGAGGAGUAUCAGGCACUGCUGUCAGAUAGCGAACGCGAGGACGAUGAGCGUCGAGCGCAAGUAUGACGGCUGGUACUGCCAGGUCCAUAUCGACAAGUCAAAAGGCAAAGACUGUAUACAGCUAUUCUCCAAGCGUGGUAAAGACUCGACAAAGCCCUGGAUCCGGCUUCACGGAGCACUGGAGGCCGGUCUACGCCUCAGUGAACCGGAUUGUGCGAUCGCUCAAAACUGUAUACUCGAAGGCGAAAUGUUGGUCUGGAGUCACUCGCGAAGAACCAUUCUGCCAUUCGAAAAGAUCCGGAAAUAUAUCCAAUACAACGGCAGAGCGAUAGGCGCAGCUGCCGACUCUCCGAGAUCGUCAGACGAACAACUGAUGAUUAUAUUCUAUGACUGCCUUUGGCACGACAAUCAGAACCUUGUCAAUCAGCCUCAAUAUUUGCGGCGCCGUCGAUUGGAGCAGAUUGUCAGCGUUACCGAAGGUGUUGCCCAGCUCGGCGAGUGUCGGGAGAUUAGAUUCGGCACGAAAAGCGCCAAAGAAGAACUCCAAAAGUUCUUCGGACAUGCAAUUGAACAGAGAUGGGAGGGGUUCGUGCUGAAAGGCCGCCACGAUUCCUACUUCUCAACCCUGUGGAACGCCAAUGCGAUCAAGUUGAAGAAGGACUAUAUCAAGGGACUCGGGGACGCGGCUGACCUCUGUAUUGUUGGCGGCCGCAGAGACGCGGUGGAGGCAGACAAGCACGGCUGGUCCGUCAACUGGACGACGUUCUAUGCCGCUUGCCUCAAGAAUAAGGAAGCCGUCCAAAGAUUCGGGCUCAAGCCAGAAUUCCUGAUCAUUGACAUCCUGACACGUCAGACCAUGUCGGAAGAGACGUUUCGGGAGCUGAAUCAACGUGGUUUGGGAUUCUGCUCGCCCUUUUCUGAAUCGACCGAGCACAUGAACGUCACCAUCGACCAGCCAGAUAUCGCGCGCCAACCUCCCACAAUCUUGUUCACCAAGCCGUUUGUUGUCGAAGUGACUGGAGCCGCCUUUACUAGGCCCGCAGACGUUGCCUACUACACGCUGCGGUUUCCUCGUGACGUCAAGUUGCACUUUGGUCGGCCUUUGACGGAUACUCACAGCUUUGAAGAGCUACAGGAGAUUGCACGAGAGAGCCUCACUCCUGCGGAUCCCGAAGAACAGGAAGAGGUUGAUUGGAUCAGACGUCUCAUUGAAGCUGAUGGAAAGCGACAUCAGUGCGUCGACCUCCACGCGGGAGGCACACCGAGCCCUUCGCGCUCAUCCACUGCCAGCAUCAGCAUGUGUGGCUCGUCCCCUCCGCCUACCAGCCAUGUUCAGACUACAGGUGGACACCCAUCGCAAUCACCCCUGAGAAGUCGCAAUGUUACUGUGAUGCGUAACGGCACACUGAGCCCCAAGCUCGCCCGCAGCCAUGAAUCGUCUCCUCUUGCAUUGGCAGCAACCGAUGUAGAGAGUGGGGAGCCAUCUGCAGGGCCAAUACGACCAACGCACGAUGCCUUUAGUCUCGAAUUGGGGGUUAAACGUAAAUAUGAAGCUUCUACCUUGGCCAUGACGGCCAAUAAGCGACCAAGAAAUCAUAUUACCCUGAAGAGGCCUAUUAUUUCUCUAGAACCCUCUCUUCGAGACCAGAUGACUUCUAUCCAGCCCCAUGAACCUCCAGCAGUAUUCCGAUCCCAAGGGAAACCCACAGAACUGAGGUCUUCGGCCUCUACUCGGCGCGAACCUCUUGGUGAGCUGAAAAACGUCCGUGCCAAACCGGCGUCAGAGCAGAAAAGUACCACUCCAGCUUGGCCUGUUGAUCAUGGCGACGAGCUAGAUCCUAAGAGGCCCGUCGGGAGGCUUGUGGAGAAGACGAGUCUCGCAGCUCAACAAGCGAGUCCAUCCCUGACGCAGCCAGCAGCCUCUGCUCUGGACAGUAUCAUACUGACGGUCAUGUCAUCUUCGACGCUUUGUCUCAAGGACGUCAAGUUAGCCAAUUGGCUGACGAUGGUGUUUAUGCAGCUCGUCGACAAGACAAACUCGAAGAGUGUCCGUGACACCAUCUACGAAACCACAAAGGCAGUCCUGAAAGAGUAUAGAAGACGGCGCAGCGAGGAGAAACAAUGGCGGAUUGACCACCGUGGGGAAGAUGUGGUGCCGACAGUACCGAUCCCUCGGCCACGGCGGCAGCAGCAGCAGAGGAUGAUUCUCUUUUACGACGAGAAGAUUCGAUCUCAAUCUCGACUUCUACCGUCUUUGUCCGAUCCGUCGUCGCCGGAACUUCUCAGAGGGGCAGGCGACGUGUUGCGGAGGAAGUCGUCCAAGAGGUAUUUCGCCGGGGGAUUGCUCUUGACUGUUGACGAGGAUACGGACGAGGUCGUGUCCAGAGUCAUCUGGCAUUGGCACGAAUCUGUCCGCCUUAUGGACGAGGUGCAGGAUGGGUACAGUACAGUUCAGGACAGGGGCGGGACAGGACAGUCGUGA